AUGGCCCCGGUGCUUAGUGCUUAUCUGCAAGUCACGGUGACGCUGGUUCUGCUUCUGUCUGUGCUCAGUCUGGCUGCUGGUGGGAAGCUGCUGGUGGUGCAUGUGGACGGGAGUCCUUGGUUCAGCAUGCGGGAAGUGUUGGAUGGUCUCAGGCAGAAGGGACACAAAAUAGUCGUCGUUGCACCUGAGAUAAAUUUAUACAUAAAAACAACGCAGGCUUACACGGUGAAAACAUACCCAGUGUCUUACACACUACAAGAUCUGGAUGAUGGCUUUCGUGAGUAUGUUGCUGCUCACCUGAGGGACCUGCCUUUCCCACUGAAUGCUCUAGCACUGUUCAACAGCUCACUGCCUGCUUUCCGGCUGUUCUUUGCUCAAUGCAAGGACCUGUUCAACAACAAGGAGAUCCUGCAGUACGUGAAUCAAAGCAACUUCGAUGCUGUCCUAACAGAUCCUGUUUUUAUGUGCGGAGCAACAGUUGCUAAUUAUGUAUCUCGUCCGUUUGUGUUCUUCAUGAGAGGAUUUCCUUGCAACUUACACUACAAAGCAUCGCAGUGCCCAAGCCCUCUGUCCUACACCCCGAGACUAUUCACCUCCAACUCGGAUCGUAUGACUUUUUUCCAGAGAGUGGAAAAUGCACUGGUUGCCCUCCUGGAGUUUUUCUACUGUGAAAGUUUCUAUGCAGAGGCGGUAAAGUUUUCCUCUGAAGUUCUUCAGCGAGAUGUAUCCCUGCUGGACCUCCUGAACUCCGCUUCCAUUUGGCUUCUGAGAUUUGACUUUGUGUUUGAGUAUGUCAGACCAGUGAUGCCCAAUAUGGUCUUUAUUGGAGGUAUAAACUGCGCUCAGAAGAAACCACUGCCUAAGCUGGAGUCGUUAACCAGCACCACACACUUCAAACCCGCAGGGGGCCCAGGUGCCCUUCACUACUGGAUAAUGAACAACAAAUACAUGUAA